UUGCGAAGAUACGCGACUAGCAAUAUAAAAGUAUUAUAUAUAUGCGUUGCUGCGUGCGCGAUCUUGCAAAUAUCUGACCCACAUUGAAAAACAGUUAACCUCUUCAUUGAUAUAUACGCAUAUAUGCGUUAGAACUUCUAUAUUUUGCGCGUCAACAAAAAGUUGCUGUCUGUUACGCGCGCUCUGCAUCUGUAUUAAACCUCGUCGUAGCGAGAGAAUUAGUUGUGUCACUUGUGUCAAUAUUUUGUUGUCUCUUCUAUAAGAUAAAGUUGAUUAUUAUUAAAAUAUUAUGGCACCACUUAAAAGUAUAUACUGGAAGUUUUUUGAUAAAAGCGGCGAUAUGGCUACUUGUCGAAUAUGCAAUAAAAUUCUUAAAACCUCAGGAAAUACUACCAAUUUAAAAAGUCAUAUGAAAAAGAAUCAUCCUAAGAUCGAGAGCAAUACUAUUAUAUCUCGUAACAAAGAGAACGAACAGCAAGAAAAUCAAACUAAAAAUUCUGACAAUUCUGAAAUCAGUGAAAGUUCGGAAUCUAAAAGAAAAAAAGCACGAAUUACUACAUUAGCUAUAAAAAAGCAGAAUGACGAACUAUUACCCUCGAUUUCGACUUCUAGUUCACCUAAUUUAAUCACUACUAAUGUGUGUAAAGAAGUCAAAGUUCAAAAAACAGUAAAAGAAUCAUUUCAGAAUAUAUGUGCUUAUAAAGAAGGAGGAGAAGAGAAUCGUGAACUAUUAAAUGCGAUAUUAUUUAUGAUUGUUAAAGACUGUCAACCUUUGUCUAUUAUUGAAAAUAUAGGAUUUAAAAAAGUAAUUACAACUGCUGCUCCUUAUUACGAGAUUCCAUCUCGAUUUACAAUAAAACGCAAAAUUGAAAGUAAAUUUGACGUUCUGUCAGCUCUGUUUAAAGAAAAAUUAAAAUCAAUGAUGAGUUGUACAUUAACAACCGAUAUUUGGACGGAUACAAUGCAAACACGAAGUUUUCUUGGUGUUACGGUUCAUUUUGGCGUUGGAAGCGAGCUCUAUUCUGCUACGUUAGGAGUUUAUGAUGUACAGGAAAGACACACUGGGGAGUAUAUUGCAGAUAAACUCCUAGAAACCUGUUCCGAAUGGAAUAUUCAAAAGGAUCAAGUUACUGCAGUUGUAACUGACAGUGCAGCAAACAUGAUAAAAGCUGUGACUAUCGCAUUUGGUGCAAACAAACAUAUUCCUUGCUUUGCUCACAUGAUAAAUUUAGUUUCUACAAAAGCUUUGAAAAAAAAUGAAAGUAUAAACGAGUUAAUUAUUAAAGUAAAAACGAUAGUGACGUGGUUCAAACAAUCUGUAGUAGCUAGUGAUGAACUUAAAAAAGCUACUACCAACGAAACAAAACUUAUUCAAGAAGUCCCUACAAGAUGGAACUCUACUUUGUAUAUGGUUGAAAGAUUUUUAAAACUUCGUCGAAUAGUAAAUGAUAUCGUGAAUCGUCAUGUGGAAGCACCACCUAUGAUUACUGCUAAAGAAAUAGAAAUAUUAACAGAAAUAUGCGAUUUAUUGAAACCUUUAAAAGUAGCGACAAAACAAAUAUGUGCUGAAAAAUAUGUUACAAGUAGCAUAAUAAUUCCUAUGGUUCGCUGUUUGCAGAGUGAAAUAAACAAAUUAUGUCCUAAACAUGUAGAAGGAAUUCAACUAAAAGAAGAUUUGUUAUACGAGAUUAAAACACGUUUUGAUCACAUAGAACAUGUACAGAUUUUAGCGUUGUCAACACUUUUAGAUCCCCGCUUUAAAAAAUUGCAUUUUAAAGAUAUACUAGCAUGUUCUAAAGCACAAAGUGUUUUAAAAAAUCUCGUAACAGAAAGUAUGACUCAUUCGAACGAUGUAUCAUUUACAAAAUCAGCAUCCGACCCGGAUCACUCAAGCUCAAGCGGAUUUUCUUUAUGGAGCGAUCAUCAUAAGCUCGUUCAAAAUACCUGGAAUGAAACAAAAGCAAACGAUUUAGAUUCUGAAAAUAUGCCGUCAGAAAUCACUCUUUAUAUGAGAGCACCUGUUGGUCGACUUGGAGAUAAUCCUUUUGAGAUGUGGAAAGAAAUGAGUUCUACAUAUGUAUAUUUAUCGAAAAUAGCAUUUAAGUAUUUAACCAUAGUGGGAACAUCUGUUCCUUCUGAAAGGCUUUUUUCAAAAGCUGGAUUGAUUUUUACGCACCAACGAAAUAAAUUGAAGGGGAAAAUAUUAUCAAGAUUGUUAUUUUUACAUUCUCUAGACGAGCAAAAAUGGUCACUAUAAUUUUUUGAAAGUUUAUUUUUUUAAUCUUAUGUAUAAUUCUUUUUUUAAUCAUACUUGACUUUAUGAUUCUGCUGCUUGUAAUAUUUUUAAAAAAUUUUAAUAAA